UCCAGGCAGCGGCGCCCCACGCGCCAAGGCGAGGCGACUCGGCAAAAGGCAAAACAAAGUUUAAAUUCUUCCUCAAAUUCCGGUUUAUUUGUCGUAAAGUCUAAAUGAAACGACGCUGAAGUGUUGUUUAGUUUUGUUGUUGUUGUUGAGCGCGCGUCGACUGCCGUGCAGUGUUCAGGUACUGCACUAUAACAGUGGGAAUCGUCCACUAGUGGAGCGGUGGCGCAGCGGUUAGCGCACCGCGCUGUCAUCCCGGAGAACACCUCAGAUCGAAUUCCGGAGAACGGAUAACAUCAGUGGCGAGUGGUGGUAUCCUGCCCUCCGUCGCCCUUUCACCAAUCCGCACUGGCCAGCGUGGUGAAGCUUCCUCGGGCUCCAGGAUGCCAGGCAUACGCAAGGAGAAGCCGGACGGCGUGGUCAAAAAAGGAUCCGCCAGGAAAGAACCCAAGCGUCCUCGCAGCAAAGACAGCUCCACAUCCGCGCGUUCCACGGGCCGUGGCACGCAGCGAUCAACGGCCUCCACCGACCUCAAGGAUCAUCAUGGCCAGGAGGAUAUGAUUGUGGAGUCGGCCCCUGCAGGAGUGUUGCCCCUGUUCCUGUCAACGCAAUCUCAGGAGCUGCUGGGGCUGCGUGCAGACGAGGACGUGACGGCGGCGGCGCCUGUGCGCCUCCUUCCCAAAGAGACGCUGCUCGCAGACGUGCGGCAGCGUGGAGCCACAUCGGACCUCCACCCCUUCAGACAGACCCUGCUGGACUCUGAGUGUGAGGAGCUGCUGAUCGGAUACGACCCUGAUUUUCGCUAUGGACAGAAAUUUUACCUUGUCGUGACCAAGGAAGCCCAGGAGAACAUCUUAAAUCCACCUCAGGCCCUCGAUGAGCCCUCCUCCUCCCCGUCGGUCCCAGCGGGAAAGCUGGACUACCGCCCGCCAUCGUCGCGUCCGUGGAUCUCCCUGGGCAGCGACGCUGACAUCGACGAAGCCGCCAUUCUCCCAACCCGGCCCCAGCUGCGGUUCAGUGUGAGCCGUCCGAGGCGUGAGUUCGGGUCACCCCUCAAACUCUCGGAUUCGGAGCCCGGGCGGAUGCGUGGGGUCGACUGUGCCUCGUGUCAAGACCCCACAUUCUCCCUGCGCCGGAUGGAGGUGGACGCAGACACACAGGCCGUGCCGCUCACUCGUGAGCAGGGCAGCCAGACUACUUGGCGGUACCCACGUAAUGCCUGCACGCAAAGUGAGCCACGCACAAUGUCUGAGGAGCAGCAAACCACCCUCCUCUCCUCCAGCAGCGUGCAGACCUUCCUAUCCGCUGCACUGCCUCGAAUGGAGAUGGUCCUGCAGCAGGGCGUCAUCGCGAACGUAUUUGUGGACGAGUGGGCGGCGCUGGUGGAUGAGGAAGGCUCAGGGUUCGGGGGUCAUGCCAUCACUCAGUUCCGCGAGCACCAGAGUUUCAGUGACCUAAGGCGCGGCAAGGGGCGUGCGGUGUCCUGCGUGGACUGGCACCCCAGCCUGCCCGGAGUGGUGUGUGUGUCAAUGGUGGAGCGAGCGUCAUUUGACGAGAGGAUUGACCGCUCCUCACACCUCAUCGUGAGCCCCUCCUUGCUCCUCAUCUGGAGCUUCACGGACCCCAUUCACCCCCAGCUACUUCUGGAAGCACCAGAGGACAUCCUCAGUUUCCAGUUCUCUCCCACUGACUCCAACAUCAUCGCUGGGGGUUGCUUCAAUGGACAGGUGGUGCUGUGGGAUAUCUCGGAGCACGUGGAAAAACUACAGCUUGGCCGGACGGGCGGACACCAGAACGGGCUCACCAGAGGAGCACGGCGCUCGUUUGAGGAGGACGAGGCGUCUGUGGAGGACAUCCGCCUGCGCUGGUGCGCCGUCUCCGCCAUUGAGCACGGACACAGAGCGCCCGUCUCGCACGUGCAGUGGCUGCCGGCGCACUUUGAGGUGACGCGGGCGGGUGCUGCUGUGGAGAACGAGAGUCGGAUGUGCCUACAGCUGCUCACGAGUGCCACAGACUGCUCCAUCCUCAUGUGGGACGUGCGUCCGGGCAGAGCAGCGCCACCCGGGCCCGGCGACAAGAAACGCUCAGAGCAUCGACAGAUCGACGAUCCCAGUGGGGUCCCCACCACCUUCAAACACCUGAACCUCACCUGGAGACCUCUCCUUAAGGUGACCCUGCCGAGGCUGGAGUCGGGUGGGGAGUACAACCCCGUGUGCUGCAUCCUGCAGGAGCGCAGCCUCCCAGAGCCCUCCCACGAGCGGGGAGGUGUGGGGACCCAGCGAGGGGACGUCCCUGGGUAUGGGGCGAUGCACAGAGUGGCCUCCGCCAAGCAGCCACAAGCCCUGGACACAGUCAGCACGCGUCUGCUAGUGGGCACGCAGGAUGGGGAGUUGGUCUGCACUGACUGGCGCCCAGAGAAGGACAAUGACUCUGGAAAGCUCUCCAGCACGAAGCCCCUGGCUGUGAGUGUGGUGCACGCGGGGCCAGUGCACACGGUGCAAGCGUCGCCGCUGCUGCCGGGCGUGCUGCUCACAGCCGACGACGACUCAUUCGCUUUGUGGAAGGAGGGCGGCACGGGAGAACCCCCUCUACUGCUCCUGCUGCACGGUGGCGGUGGAACUGCUGCCGCCACCGCCAACACCACUGCUGGCGCCACCAACGCUGGCCCUGGGGGCGGGGCACGCCGGGGCUACACGGCCGGGUGCUGGUCCCCGUCCCGCGCCGCUCUCGUGUUCCUAGCACGAGCCGACGGUGCACUGGAGGCGUGGGACCUCCUGGACCGCACACACGCGCCGCUCCACACGCAGGCUGUGUCACCGGCCAGCCUCACGUUCAUCACUCCGCGGGCACUCGCACAACGCCGGCAGCUGCUGGCCGUGGGCGACGAGCUGGGCACGCUGCACAUACUGGAGGUGCCGCGCGCCCUACGGCACGGUGCCGCCUCCGAGGUCUCCGCCAUGCUCGCCUACCUGGAUCGCGAGCGGGACCGGUUGGAGUUCACUCUGCAGCGGCAACAGCAGCGGGAACGCGAGAAGCAGCAGCAAAAAGCGGAGCAGCAGCAGCAACAGGGACAACGGAGACAACAGAAGGGACAGGGCGAAGACAAGCAGCAGGUGGCUACGGAGGCGAGGGAGCUGGAGCAACAGCAGCAGGAUGAACUGGAGCGACGCACAUACGAUGAGUUCCUGGAGCUGGAGAAACUCCUCCUCUCACAGCUCAACCUCGAGUCAAGGCUCCAGGAGGCAUAGAGACAAGACCAUCAUCACCAUCGGAAUAAACAACAUCGCGAUCAACGCUGUUACUACCACCGCCCCCCUCCCCCCCCCCACAACACAGAUCCAGACAGCAUUCAGAAGAGGCUUGCAUCACCACGACCAUAUUAUCUAUAUUAUUAUUAUUAUACAAACACAUACACAGACGCACCCCUGCAUAAAAUACACACUGGUAGCUACUAAGAAAACAAAUGAAGAUCCCUCCCAUAUAGCCUUAACAGAUAUUUGAGUCAAGUGCUGUACGCGAGCACCUUGAAGGCUAGCACGGCAUGAGGGGAUGCGUGGCCAGCACCACUCCCUAGUGGUGAUGUUUACACACCGCACCAGGUACUCAUUUGAGGCUGAGUCGACCUCGGGGAGGCCCAGGACAGGUUCAGACAAUCGUCACUUGGUGUUGGCUGAGCGGGAAUGGCAUCCGGGUCGCCGGAUUCGUAGGGCAGCGCACUAACCACGAUACUACCGCUCCCCACUUAGACACACAUACUAAGACACAUCAUAGGAAUGCACUACAUACACCAAUGUACACAAGUGUUUCCAUAAAUAAAUUUUCGUUCAAUAUUUGGUCAGGUGCCCCACACUUUCACAAUACGCGGUAAACCUCAUCGGUUAUCAUCCCUCUUUAAUGAACACAAUCGCAGGCCAUGAGGAGGUGAGUGAGCGGGAGACAGAGGAGACGCUGGUUAAUACCCCCAAUAAACCCAACCAGAUACAGGCGAGCAGUUGAGGUGGUUCAGGACGGAGGUCACAGCGGAUUCGGGUGAGAGAUCAUGGACGGGAGGGAGGGGGGGCAGGUCAUGUGUGAGGUCACAGUUGGUCAUGGUAAGAGGUCAUGACCUCAAUCCAAUCAUUCCCACUCGGUACCGGUCACCACCACUCAUCCCCGCUUAGCUCCAUGUAUCCUGCAACAAUCAAUCUCCCUCUUCCCACAUUUUCUCUCCAGCCAACCCCUCUCCUCUCCCCACACCUCCCCUCUCCUACCUAUUCACCUCCUUUUCCCAUUCAUCCGCUUUCCAUUUUAUCCGAGCUCACUCAUCACCCUACCCUAAGGGAUUUCAAACUUCAGUCAUUACAACCAACCAGUCCAUCUUUGUACAAUGUUGUCUGUUCCAACAAACCAAGUCUUUACAUGCCGUUGGAUGCUGUGCCUAAUUUCAAUCGGCACUCUACCAGAUGGAGAAUUUUGGUAAAUGUGGAAAGGGAGAUCGGCCCUCUAUAUGUUUAUCAAUAUUUUCCGCUCAAAUGCAAAUCAAUACACACGACACACACACCUCAUGAUUGGUAAAAUAAGCUCAACACGUCGUAAAGAGUGCUUACGUUUAAUCAACACUCCACAUAAUUUUGCAGCAGAUUGGUAAAUGUGGAAGGGCGGACUGUUGUUCAGUUGCAAAAA